CCAAAACAGCCUGUCCUCGGGAGUCUUGCAGUGCAGGCACCCUCACUCAGCCCACAGACGGUGCAUGUAACGCCGUCGACAUGUCAGAAUCUCUCUGCGUUCAAAGACCUGAUGAACCAGUAUCGCAAACUGGACGAUACGAUUACCAUGCGCUUGAACCGCACGAACGCGCAGUUCAGGGACCUCGAACGAGAAGGAGUCGUUCGAGGGAGUGUGCAGGAUGAAGUAUGUGCACACCUCUGGAAAGACCUCGUCGAGAAUUGGAAACGUCGUACAGACAUCAUCAGCUACUGUGACGGCGUGGUUGACCAGUCCAUGUCCGAGAACCGGAAGCAGCUGGAAUCACAAGAAACUGACCCUGUCCAACAGCGGAAGAUCCAGGGUGCACUCUACGCGGAGGAGGUCAAACGCAACCAAGUCCACAAUGAGCUCGCCGUUGAGAAAAUCGUCAGGAAUCGGUCACUGGACGCGUUCCGGUCGCGUUGCAGGUAUUUUGAGCCGCCACUCACAGAUGCCGACGCGCGCAAAUGGUGGGAGGCUGCGCAGGCGGGUCGCUAAGCUUACGCGCUGUAGGUCCUGGAGAGCUUGUGGAUUCCGUACUCCGUUCAUUACUCAUUUCCCUUACACUUCCUGGAAGAUGUUUACGUGCUAUCCCCUCUCAAUGUAAC